AUGCUUACCGUGGAUAUUGGGCGCAUGGAGAGCGGGUCUGCAGAAGGGCUUCUUGCUUCCGGGGUACACGGGGAUCUCUGGCCGGCCGAUGGCCUCCAAGACCCGAGUGGCAUUGAUAGUGGUAUUCUCCAAGGAGGCAUUGCCGUGAAUGGUGGUAAUACCGAGAAGCUUCAGCGAGGGAUGGUGUGCAGCAAGGAGAAUGGCGAAAGCAUCCUAUAUAUGGGCCAAAACUCCUGA